CCCCCCCCCCCCCCACCACGGAAUGGGGUUCGCGCUGCUCUGGGUCGCGCGCCCAGUGGCCGGCUCGCGCUGUCAGCGUCCGCCCAGCUCGCGCCGCCUCGCGCUCCCCCUCAGUCAGUGGCGCCGAAGGCUCCGUUAAACGGCGGCGGCGGCGGUUCCUGUUUCCGUUUCUUCUUCUCCUCCCCGAGUCGGGAGUAGCAUCCUCCUCCACGCAGCACCCCUCCCACUCCCACUCCCCCUUGCCGGGCAGCGACUGCCGGAGACGGUGGUGGCUGGAGACGAGCCGCCGGAUCCCUCCCUCCCUCCCUCCACGGAACGAGGGCAGAUCUGGAAUGAAAACAGCAUAAGAAUUCCAAGACUUCACCAUGAAUUGGCUUACAGAUCACUGAUUUGGUUAAGUCUAAAGAGUGUACCUGUGAUUUUGAUGGUUUCUGCUUCUGAGAAAAAUAAUGAAAUUUUUCAUCACCCCUGCUAAUUAGCUAAACAAAUCCAGUUGAUAAUUUCAGUGACUCAGAAACACAUUCUUUUUCUGAAAACAUCUUGUGGUUGUGGCAGCAUCUUGCUUAUUAAGGAAAUGAAGAAUGUAAAAUCCUAGGACUUGAAACAAAAGCUUCCUACUUGCAACACCCUAAGGACUUCUGAAAGAAAUUGCCCCGGGACUCUCAACAGAUACUAAUUUGUUUGAAGCAUCAUGUGCUGAAAUUUAAAAAAACAAACAAAAAAACAAACAAAGGGCUACCAACUCACCUUUGUGCUGUCCUCCAAGUCAUCAUGUUUGCAGCUCUUUGAGCUCUAGAAGCAAAGGGAGAGAGUUGAGAACUUGAAAAUGAGGCCAUGGACUGGCUCCUGGCGUUGGAUUAUGCUCAUUCUCUUUGCUUGGGGGACUUUGUUAUUUUAUAUAGGUGGACACUUGGUACGGGACAAUGAUCAUCCUGAUCACUCUAGCAGAGAACUCUCCAAGAUACUGGCAAAGCUUGAACGCUUAAAACAACAGAAUGAAGACUUGAGGCGGAUGGCAGAGUCUCUCAGGAUACCAGAAGGUCCUGCGGACCAGGGACCAGCUGCAGGAAGGGUACGUGCUUUAGAAGAACAGCUUUUAAAAGCCAAAGAACAGAUAGAAAAUUACAAGAAGCAAACCAGAGAUGCAGGUCUAGGGAAGGAUCAUGAAAUACUGAGGAGGAGAAUUGAAAAUGGAGCUAAGGAGCUCUGGUUUUUUCUCCAGAGUGAACUGAAGAAAUUGAAAAAUUUAGAAGGAAGUCAACUCCAAAGACACGUGGAUGAAUUUCUCUUUGAUUUGGGUCAUCAGGAAAGGUCAAUAAUGACAGAUCUGUACUACCUCAGUCAAGCAGAUGGAGCAGGUGAUUGGCGAGAAAAAGAAGCCAAAGAUCUGACAGAACUGGUCCAGAGGAGAAUAACCUAUCUUCAGAACCCCAAGGAUUGCAGAAAAGCCAAGAAGCUGGUGUGUAAUAUCAACAAAGGCUGUGGCUAUGGCUGUCAACUACAUCAUGUUGUCUACUGCUUCAUGAUUGCAUAUGGCACUCAGAGAACUCUCAUUUUGGAAUCCCAUAACUGGCGCUAUGCUACUGGUGGAUGGGAGACUGUAUUUAGACCUGUAAGUGAGACAUGCACAGAUAGAACAGGCACUACUACUGGACACUGGACAGGUGAGAUAAAUGACCAGAACAUUCAGGUGGUAGAGCUUCCCAUUGUUGACAGCCUUCAUCCACGGCCACCUUAUUUACCAUUGGCUGUUCCAGAAGAUCUUGCAGAUCGACUAGUGCGAGUCCAUGGAGAUCCUGCUGUAUGGUGGGUUUCCCAGUUUGUCAAAUACUUAAUCCGUCCACAGCCUUGGUUAGAAAAGGAAAUUGAAGAGGCCACCAAAAAGCUUGGUUUCAAGCAUCCAGUAAUCGGAGUUCACGUCCGACGUACAGAUAAAGUGGGGACAGAAGCCGCAUUCCAUCCCAUUGAAGAAUACAUGGUGCAUGUUGAAGAGCAUUUCCAGCUUCUUGAACGAAGAAUGCAUGUGGACAAAAAAAGAGUUUAUUUGGCCACAGAUGACCCUUCCUUAUUGAAGGAGGCAAAAUCUAAGUACCCAAAUUAUGAAUUUAUUAGUGAUAACUCCAUAUCCUGGUCAGCUGGACUACACAAUAGAUACACAGAAAAUUCCCUACGAGGUGUGAUCUUGGAUAUACACUUUCUGUCACAGGCAGAUUUCCUAGUCUGUACAUUUUCAUCCCAAGUCUGUCGAGUUGCUUAUGAAAUCAUGCAGACACUGCAUCCAGAUGCCUCUGCCUACUUCCAUUCUUUGGAUGACAUUUACUAUUUUGGGGGCCAGAAUGCCCACAACCAGAUUGCUGUUUAUCCUCACCAACCACGAACUGCUGAUGAAAUCCCUAUGGACCCUGGAGAUGUUAUUGGAGUGGCUGGAAACCACUGGGAUGGCUACUCUAAAGGUGUCAAUAGGAAACUAGGGAGAACAGGCUUGUACCCUUCUUAUAAAGUGAAGGAGAAAAUAGAGACAGUCAAGUACCCCACAUACCCGGAAGCUGAGAAAUAAAUUUGCAGACAAGGGAAUGGAAGAAACUCAGUUUGAACUGGUUUGAGCCAAACAGCAUACUAACUAAACUUUGAAUUUUAUGUUUUAACCCAGAGUUAAACAAUUGAACGCCUUCAGGACUGAGACUGAAUGAACAGCAUAAAACAGAUGGAUGAACCAUCGCUGGAAUUCCUCCUUAAUGAACACAUUUUGUUACAAUGCACUUGCCCCUGUGCGCAGACCAAUAGCCUACUCACAUGCAAACAGUUGUUUUCUCCCUUGCCCCUUCUUUCAAAGUUCCAUCCCUGUCAUUCAUCAUCAAGUGAGCAUUUGGCCUACACUGUCUCUGUCAUUGACUAUAAUUCUGACUUUUUAACACUGCCACGUUGUGUAAUUUGAGUGACAUGAACAUAUUUUAUAUGUGUGAGAUUUCAAACAUGGUGCCUAUAUUUGAGAGAUCUGCGUGACCUGUUCAGAAGAACCAAACUCCACUCCCUAGCCUGGUGGGGGAAGAGUUGGCUCUUAACUAUUGGUGGUACCUUGACCACCAAACCCGCUCCGACCAACAGAUUCAGAAUGAGAAUUAGAUGUUCUUUUCUUUAAAUUUUUUUUUUAAGUAAUUGCAUUGAUUCAUCACCUCAUCAUUAAUAAAUGAAGGAUACAUCUGAAAAGAAACUAUUCACCCUCCAUUAGGAACUUUUGUAAAACAAUGCCAUGAACAAAUUCUUUAGUACUUAAUGUUUCUGGACAUUGUCUUUGAUAACAAAAAAUAAAUUUAAAAAAUAGAAGUUUUGUAAUUUCUUUUCAUAUUUCUGGUCAGUGAGAGAACUGGCAAUCAACAUUGUAAUAAGGGAAUACAGUAAAAUGGAAGAUGAUGAUAAAAGGGGGUAGGGGGUGGAGUUUUAUAGCAUUUUCCUUUUGCCUAACUUCAAUUUCUCUGACUUUCUGUUUCCCAUAAGAAAUUAGACAUUCCUAUAUAGUUCCUGAACACCGCCAUUCUGUUUUGAGUAGCAAGGCUAAGUUUGU